GUAUAAUCAAUAAUAUACAGUAAACGAGCUAUAUGUACAUAAACACGAAAAUGUUAACUCCGAAGAGGUUGAACCAUGACAUCAAAAAUACAUGUAAUGUACUGGAGGUCACAAUGAAAGUAACAAUUCUCCUGGCACUAUCCUGUUAUGCUUAUGGAGUUAUUGCUCAAGAUUUAGAUGCCAGUCUACUUUCUAAUAGACUCAAGGAAAUAAAAAAGAGUAUUGGGAUUGAUUAUUUGCAAGAAGAGUUUAACAAACUACCUUUUACUACAAAAACCGGAAAUGGGACGAAACUUUUGGCUGAUAUUCAAGACAAAUUAGCAGCAUCACUUGUUGGAUUUAAGAAUGUUCUAGACGCCGUUAAAGACGAAGUAUUUCAGAAUGAAAACAGAUUCACCACGCAGACGACACUUCCACAUUGCUGUGAUAAACAUGGAACAUACGUGUAUGAUCCAAAAUUCAGAAAAGAGGUUGAUUUUUCUACAGCCUGUGUUACAAAAUCUUAUAGUUCUACUUCUGAUGCCAAAUAUCCACACAAUACCGUAAGCGACAUCAUGAAGAUGCAGUACGAUCAAAACAAGAACGUUUUGUGGCAGCACUACGGUACCUUGGAGGGCGUGUCCAUCAUAUACCCAUCAACUUAUUGGAAUGACUGUUAUAACUAUGAUCCCCGCUUUAGGUCAGCUUUCGCCGCCACAGCUUCACCAAAAGAUAAAGAUGUCGUGAUUCUUAUAGAUUCAAGCUCAUCUAUGAAGCAGAUCUCCGGCGUUACAAGUAAAUCAAAGAUGAGUAUAGCCAAGGAAGCUGCUCGUACAGUCAUAGAAACCCUUAAUCCAAACGACAGAGUUGCAGUGAUAUCAUUUAGCUCAGGAGUCAGUGUUCCCGGUGAAGACGCAAAUCACGACUGUUAUAAGGACACGCUGUCAUUUGCCUCUAAAACAAAUAUUGACAAGCUGCAGGAAUUUGUCAGUUUAUACAUUCAAGAAUCCAAUACUGGUGAUACAAACUUUGAAAACGUACUUAUCAAGGCUUUCUCUUACUUGGGAUCAACAAACAACAAUGUUGAUGUUUCAACUAGAGAUCAGGUUAUACUUUUACUUACUGAUGGCGGAUCAAAUGAUGGGAGAGAUCCAAGGGAGGUUAUCAGGGACGAAAAUGCCAAAUUACAAAACAGAGUAAUCGUGUUUACAUACCUGCUUGGUCCUGGUGCAACGAACGAAAUAAAACAACAAUUACGAGAAAUGGCAACUCAAGUGAAGUCAAAUUCAUCUUACGGAAACAUUCGGGAAGGACACUUUACUUACGUUGAUCAGAAUCAACAUGCAAGUUUAUCGAUGGAAAUGGCCACUUUUUACGUCCAACUACGAUCAGGUCAAAUAAAUACUAACCCGGUAUACAGUAUUCCAUACGUCGAUCCGUUUUCUGAAAGAGGGUUAAUAACGUCAAUGUGUAAAACCGUCUACGGUACGUUAGGAUCUAUGCAAGGUGUAUCGUGCACUGAUGUUAAACUAAGCGAACUUUUAAAGGAAGUCGAAUAUUUUGAGGAGGGAAAUUCAUCAUACGGCUUUAUGAUUGACAAUACUGGGAGAGCUUUGAUUCACCCCUUACUCCCAGAGCCUGCCUUUGUAGAAAUUAAUGAAGAUCCCGUACUUGUGGACAUAACAAGUCUAGAAAGGACAUCAGGGACAGUAGAUAUAAUUAAUUCCAUGAAAAGGGGUGAAUCGGGUAAGAAGACUUUACCAAACGUUUAUUUCACCUUGUCUAGAGGACGUCUUGUAAAUGAAGGAAGUCGAUAUUUAUACUUACAAGCAACGUACUUCUGGGGACCUGUACAAAAUACAAAAUUUUAUUUAUGUAUUGUUUUGGGCGAGGAAACCCAUACCGUCAUCUCGGAAGCGGAUUUUGAUAUUUCAAACUCAGAGCUGAACAAUGUUUUCAUGUAUCACAAUCGAAGUCUUACAUCUGACAGUCAGCCAAAUUGUAGAUUUAAUAAUAGAAAAGUUACUCUAGCACAGUCGGCUACAAAAUUUACGCCUUCAGCUUUUUCAAAUCCGUUUCAAUAUAUUGAUGAAACAGAAACUGGACUGGAUGUGAGAGAGUAUACAGAUUAUUUGACUAGAAAAAAAGAUCAAAACCCUGGGUUUAAUGAUGAUGUCAGAGCUACAGUUUGGGCUACGUAUAAAGCUGAAAAGUUUUGGAAACAGCAACCCUCAAGUCAACUGGCUUGGAAAUAUAUUGGAACAAAAGCCGGAGUCAUUCGAGUGUAUCCAGCAGUUUCAUUGACUAAGUCGUAUGACCACGAAAAAAGAACAUGGUGGAGGGAAACUACAUCCCACCCUGGAAUGAUUUAUAUUACUUCACCAUAUCUGGACGCUUGGGGAUCAGGAAUCCUUUUGACAUUGGCUCACACUAUUUACAAGAGAGGUUCAAACCAAGUAACGGCAGUAGUUGGUACAGAUUUUCCCUUACAAUAUUUCAGUUACUUUAUUGAUAACAUAUAUCCUGUUUGUACGACAAAGGACUUCAAAUGCAUGAUUAUAGACGAUAGUGGGUUUCUUGUCAUGCACCAAGCAUUUAAAGAAACUACUGAACCAGAGUAUUUUGAUGAUCCUAAGCACAUUACUAUUUUAGAACCUGCCAUAGCGGAUGCAAUGAAACAGUAUGGUGUGUUUAACUCACUCACUUGCGAAGAUUUGUCUACAAAAAAGGAACUUAAAUCCUUCAGGGUUACACUACCAGCUGGUAGAUCUACAGGACUUAGUUUUGACCAAACUGAUAAUAAGUUUGAGUUGAGACCAGUUGUGGACACAAAUAUCUUUAUUCUGAGAAUAGAGAAAGGAUCAAUACUUGAUGGCACAACAUCAUCAGCAUGCAAAUGUGACAGUAACGUUCAACCAGAUUUUAGAGAGUGUAAUAACAAUUGUGACUGCAUCUGCUAUACACCUAUAGUAUAUAAUGUUUGUACGAACGUAUACACCACAACUAUAGCAGACUCCAGUUUGCCUUGCAGUGCUCGAUUACUAGAUAAAUCCGGAAUAAGUGUAAAUGAAGACUUGACAGGACUUCAAUCUUGCUUUGAUCCAAAAUGUAAUGAGAAAACGACUAAAAAAGAUUGCUACAGUGAGUUCCAAUGUAGUUGGUGUGAGUUUACAUUUAAUGGAGAAAUUAUUCCAGAACCUUGCUGUAGAAUUAAAGGGGAGUGCUCUUUUGGAAAGACUAAAGACUCAAACUCUAACAUUUGUGAUGCCUCACAUACAGAAACCCUACCGGAAGUAGCCGAAGGACAAAGUACCGGUGCAGUAGUCGGAGGAGCAAUUGGUGGACUUUUUGCUGUAGUUCUCAUAGUUGGCGGGGUCAUUUUUCUUUUGAGAUAUUUACACAUAAAAGAUAAUUGUGAUAAAGAAGACCCGUACUUAUAUGCUAUACCUGACCAUCUUGACUUGCAGAGUGCACAAAAUUACGGGUUUGAAUCUAGUGGGCAGUGUAAUCCGCCACCCGCAACCAGUAACUUGUCUUCCGGAAGUGUUUCAAAUGGAGUAAGGCAUAGUUACAUGUCAGUAGUAAGUGAUGAAUCUAGGUACGAUAAACCUACUGAAUAACGUAAUAUACUGAAGUAAAAAUGGGAAAUAAAAGAUCAGAAGGUUUAAUGGUGGAUUCUACAGGCCUUGUUACAGAAUUUAUGUUACUCUGCUCAGGAUAACUUACAUGCAUCAGUCGUUUGAGAUAACACUUGUGAAAUUUUCAGACAUCAAAGAUAUCAAAAGUUUAACAAACCUAAGCAAAGCAUAAAUUUGUACGUGCACGGUAUACUUUUGAUAGUGCUUAUUUUUUUCUAUAUUUUUAAAAUACAGAUCUUGAAACAAUCACACAGACUGAAUAGAAACACCCACAAAUUUUGCAUCAGGUACAUGAAAUGGAUGUUGUGCAAUAUGUCAAUUCAGAGGAAAACAUUGUAUCAUAUUUAUAUGAAUCCUUAUAUCAUACGUGUUAUAUACAUUUGAAAAAUAACCUUUUUGUUAUAAUCAUUUUUUCAAUUAUUAAAUUGUAUCUUUUGAGAUUACUUAUAAUUACAGAAUAGUAAUAUAUAUAUAUAUAUGUUGUAAAGGUACUUUUUUCAUCAGUUUAAGUGUGUUCCAUACAUAUAUGUCUAUUAGUAUGUAAAACGUGAGUAAAUAUGACAUUUAUACCACAUUUUAUGAUAAUCAUUUGUUCAUCAUCUGUUAAAUAUUUGUUUUUAUCAUUAUCGAUUGUGAUAAAUGUUGUUACAGGAAGUAUGAUUCCCAAUGAGACAACAUCUCCAUUAAGGUGGUAAAAAAACACCUUGACUAAAAUUAAUUUGACUCGUUUAAUUUUCAUAAUAUGUUGACAAAAUAUUUACUUUGACCCUUUGACAAAAAUAUAAAAAUUUCAAAAAACUUGAACCACACACUUAAUCGGAAAAAUUUCAUUGGAUAUAUAGCAGUUUGACAAACACUAAUCUUGAUCAUCGAGAAGCUUAAUAUUUCCUUAACAAUAGAACGUGAUUAAAACGUUCAGCUGAUUUUUACAGUUAUCUCCCUGUAGUGUUAUGUACCACCUUAAGUAAAACACGAGGAUGUAAACAACUUUAUGCCAAUGUACAGCCUUCAAUAAUGACAAACAAAUACUAUAUGGAAGCUUUGAAAUUCGCCUAUAUAGCAAUUAGCAAAACGAUAAACAAUUGUAAAGUAAAAACGUAUUGUCUGUUUAAGGUAAUAUUAAUAAACGAAAAGCAAUUAUUGCAGACGAAAACUAACUUAGAUCCAUUCGAAAUGUAUCACAUAAAGCGGAAAAUCUGUAGGAAUAGCACUGUAAUCAUCCAGAGUGAGAACUAGUGCCUGGACAGGGGUAAGCGUCUGUUUCUAUUAUGUGCGAUUUUAGACUCGUGACGGUCACGAUAGGCUACGUUUGUAUGGAUGUUUUCAAGUUAUGGCACUCAAAAGAAGUAUAUGUUAAUUAAUAUAGUCAAUAUGAUUCGCUUUAAGGAUGUUCGCUCCACUAUUUCAAAAUAACUAGCUUUUUAAAUGACUGUUAUGAAUUGAUAGUAUAUAGAUAACGGAUCUUAAAAACCAGAAAAAAAACGUCCAUGUCCUUGUUUUUGAGAUAUAAUCAAUUGAAAAUUUUGCGGAAAAUGAUUCUCUCUAGAUUUUUAAUACAUUUAACAUAGGAACCCUUUUUCUUUCAAAAACUAUGAAAUAUUACCAAUGAUUUCAUAAGAUUACUAUAUGUAAUAAAAUUAGGGGGAAAAAAGUAGGGGUAAGCAGGCAAAAUUUGUAUUGGCACUACAUGGAUGAAACAAAAAUGGCAAAAACAAGAGUAGCAAGCAUCCUUAAAUAGGUUUAUUUUUUUUUAUUUUUAUUUAUUGUUUUUAUGAUAUAUGUUUCACAGACGGAAUUGUAAUUUAAUAUUUUUAUACUUUUUAAAGUCUUUUAUAACGCAGUUUAUGAAGGUGUUUGUUCAAUUUGUUUGCUCGAUAUUGUUUAUUAUUCCGAAUCUGUGUCUUUCAGCGCUCAGUGUUGAAGGGCUCAAUAUGACUUCAAUCUUUUUUUUUUUUUUUUUUUUUUUUUUAUUAAUUGCGUAUAUGAGGGUAUGGAUGGGGGUCCUUCAUUUCUGUAUUCUUAAUUUUUUUAGGCCAUUUUUUCUAUUCUUUAUAAUUUUUGCUCAAUAUUCUCUAUUCUUUUAUAUUUUGGCACCCCACUGUUCUCUAUUUUGUAUGUUUUUGGUCCAUUUUUUUCUAUUCCUUAUAUAUUUAGCCCAUUAUUCUCUAUUCUGUAAACCCCCCAUCCAGACCCUCGUAUAUUGAUUUCAUGUCAUGCAAUACUGCAUCAUAUCUUUAUUUUUCAAAUGUGCUAUUUUUGUAUUCACUUUUAUGUAUGUGAAUUCUUAUGUUGUUUUCAGGUUAAAGACAAUAAACCAUAGUGUUUUUGAUAUUUCUACAGGUUCAGUAUUUGCCAAAGUGUAAAUUUUAGCAAAAAUAAAGAUUAUUCUUAUCACAUUGACAGAUCAUUUGAAAAUAAGAUGAUUUUGUGUUCAGCAGCAAAUAUUACAUAUCUAUUUAUGAUGAUGACACCUUAAUGUGAUACAAGAAUGAGACAAUAAUCUGUUGUGUAUCAUGUGUAUUAAACCAGCACACUGAGUUUAAUCAUUAACACAUCGCCCUUUCCAAAAUUCUUUAAAUCUUUAUUCAAUGCUAUGUUUUAAGCAAAAUUCCACAAUGAAUUCUGUUAUAUUUUGUAAUUUUUUUUUUAAAGUUUGAUUGUUAUAAAUAAAAUUACAGGAAGUUUCAUUCCCAAUGAGGCAACAUACCCAUUACGCAAAGAAAGAUGAUUUAAACAACUGCAUGCCAAUGCACGACCUUCUAUAAUGAGCAAAAAUAUACUGUAUGGAAGUUUUAAAGUGGCCCUAAUUAAAGAACAGCAUUAGUGGAACAAUUAAAAGAGGAAAACGUCAAGUCUGUUUUAAGUAAUAUAAAAAAAAACGAAAAGCAUAAAUUGCAGACUAAAGCUAUCCAAACCAUUCGACAUAUAACAGCUAAGAAAAAACUUAGUAGAAUCGCGUUUACUUUAUAUAUGGAGCAUGGUCGAACUGGUGUCUGGACAUGGUAAGCGUCUUUUUUAUGAAUACAUCAUCCCGUCGUGCGAUUUAAGGAUGUUCGCUCCUCUUGUUUUUGAAUUUUUGCCAGAUUUUCGGAAUCCUCUGGUUUUAUCGAUGUUUUGCCAUUAACAAAAAUUUGUCCACUAACCCCUACUUUUCUUUUCAUAAUUGUAUUACAUAUAGUUUUAAAAGCCAUAUUUGAAAAUCUUAUAAAAUCCUUGUUAUUUUUUCAUAGUUUUUAAAAGAGAAGAAAAGCGGACAAUGUUAAAAGUAUGAAAACUCUAGAGAGAAUCAUUUCCCGCCAAAUUUUCAAUGGCUUAUAUCUCGAAAACAAGCACACGGACCCUUCAUUUUUUUCUGCUUUUUUAGUUCCUUUAUUUAUAUACUAUCAUUUUAUAACAGUCUUUUAAAAUGCUUUUUAUUUUGAAAGAGAGUAGCGAACAUCCUUAAAACUCAGUGGCGGUGACCAUAGGGUUUGUUAAAUUGCAUGGAUGUAUAUUCAUGAAAUAGCAUUCGUUAAAAAGCAUCAUUUAAAUUAUUUUGGUCAAUAUGAUUCGCAUCAAAUAGGUUCAUUUCACAGAAUUAACUGUAACUUAAUAUUUUCAUACUUUUUAAAGUCUUUAUGACAGUGUUUGUUAAAUUUAUUUGCCCGAUAUUGUUCCGAACUUGUUGAUAUUAUGUCGCAUCUGUGUCCUUCAGUGCUCAAUGUUGAAGGGCUAAUAUAAAAGUAAGAAGAUGUGGUAUGAUGGCCCCAGGGACAACUCUCUACAAGAGACCAAAUGACACAGAUAUUAACAACUAUAUGUCACCGUACGGCCUUCAACAAUGAGUAAAACCUAUGCCGCAUAGUCAGCUAUAAAAGGCCCCGAAAUGACAAAUAUAAAACAAUUCAAACAAUACAAUUAACGGCCUGAUUUAUGUACAAAAUAAUGAAUGAAAAACAAAAAUGACAAACAGCAACAAACGGCCACCACUAAAUUACAGGCUCAUGACUUGCGACAGGCACAUACAGAAUGUGGCGGGGUUAAACUAGUAUGAAGGCGCGCCAACCCCCCUCCCUAACCUGGGACAGUGGUGUGAUAGUACAACAUAAGAACAAACUAUAAAAAUCAGUUGAAAAGGCUUAACUCAUCAGAUCGACACAAAGCAGAAACACGUCUUACAUAAACACAAAAUGGACGUGGCAGGGUAUUUAUACAUCCCCAAAACAAAAAGACACUACGUACAGAUCUUAGAGUACUCGCAGUUACUGACAGCUAGUUCAAAGCCAAUAACAAUUAAUAAAACAAAUCAUGCAUCUAAGACUAAAGUAUGAAUUCUAGCUGUUUUUUUGGGUUUUUUUGUUUUUGUUUGUUAAUUGCGUAUAUUAAUUUCAUGUCAUGAAUUACUACAUCAUAUUUUUUCAAUUGUGCCAUUUUUGUAUUUGCCUUUUAUGCAUGUAGAAUCUGAAAUUGUUUUCAUAUUAAAGAGAAUUAACCAUA